AUGCCUUCACUCAAACGUGCAAGAUACAACAAUGUCAGUCAAGUCAAAUUGUGUAUCUCGUAUUGUGCCGUGGCCAGGAAUGCGAAUUACGAUCAGUACGAGACAAAGCCACCACCAGCAGCAACAACCAUUAUUAUUUUCCUUGUGAUUACUCGAUUACUCGAUUGCUGGGUUGAUCUUAUCGGUAUCCCUGCCCCUCCAUCGACGACCGACGGUACACAGGAGACGCGCGAUGGCGGCAUGCUCCUAGCUCCUAUCGACCCGGUUACUUAUCAAGAGGGCUAUUAUUGCUUUUUUUUCUUCCUCCCACGCAGCCCUGCCGUUUGGACCCGAGACAAUUGUGGGCUCGACAAUUACGACGCCCUGGUUACCUAUCCUGGAUCUCCUUACUACUGCGGUUCUGGAAAGAUCUCUUGCGACAGCAAGCAGAUCGCCCAACUAUCCUGCCCGCUGAUCAGCCUCUAUCCAUGGGACCGAGGGGUCGAACGGGGCGAGGCAAUAAGAGGACCCAGGACUAUCGGCGGUAUGGUACAUGGCCGCCCAGCAGUAGUCACAAUGGGUAGUGCAGCUGAUGCUUGCUCAAUCUACGUUUUCAAGAAUGUGAGCGGUGCUAUCCAGGCAGAUGCCAUCUGA